CGAAUCUGGGUCGAGUGAUGAGUUGUUAGAGCCUCUUCGGAGGAAAGUAACCGAUAGGUUUCGGAAUGGCUCUGUUGAUUGCAGAAAGAAUGUAGUGGAAAAUAGAGAAUUUGGCAGGAAUGGUGAAUUCGGGAGUGAAGAGAGAAAUAUGAGUAGAUUGGAUUUAUUUGAAUUCAACGAAUAUGAUGAAUUCGAUGGCCAGAAGAUGAGGAAUGAUUAUAUGGUUGGACGUGAUGAGAAUCCAGUGAAUUUGGAAGUGGGUCCAGUAGAAACGAUUGAGAUGCUGGAGGAUGAAGCUCAUAUGCCCAUUUCAUCUUUUAGAGAGAAGCGGGAAGCAUCGGAUAAGCCUAUAAGGUUGCAGGGGAAAAAUGGUGUGUUGAAGGUAAUGGUUAAUAAAAAGAAGAAGAUGGGUUUGUCUCAUAAUAGCUACGAUCAUCACAAAUUUGAGAAUAGAAACAUUUCUAGUUCCGAAGAUGCUAUUAGAAAGAAUGCUUUGGUACGAUCUUCAUUGUUUCCAGAUUCAAAACAUCAAAAAUCAGAUCCAUUGACCAAGAAAGAGAAAAGUAAGCUGAAAUUGCGGAAAUCAUCACCAACUAAGAGCAGGAAGGGCAGAGAUUUGGCAACAGAUAAUGGUGACACUCCACUGAAGCGGGGACCUCCAGAUGUGAAAGCUUGUGAUUCAACAAAAGGGUAA